AUGUCAUUCAAAAAUCAAAUCGAUCGUUUUCUGAACCGCCUUUUAAAAUCGGGGAAUAAUGCUGAAGAAAUGUGUUAUUACGGCCACGAUACAAAGGCUUUGAACCAGCUAAAAAAUAUAUACAAAAAAUGCAGAAUUUGUAGAAAUUGCUUGAGAUGGCCGUUUACGAAAACUGUAAAAUGUCAAAAUUGUUUUUUGACGUGUCACGAAACUUGUAUAAAAUCGGUAAUGUGUCCGUUGGGAAAAGAAUCUGACGAUCGAUCAAUGGGGAUAUUCGAUCCUGAAGUUGAAUUUACUGUAUAUAAGAUGCCAGUUAGAGAUAGAAGAUAG